AUGGGCUCUGAAGCUCUCCUUCCUGUCAUAGAUUUCUCAGAUAAGCUAAAGCCGGGCACUCCUGAGUGGGACUCCGUGAGACCCCGGGUUCAGCAAGCACUCCAAGAAUAUGGUUGUUUCGAGGCUUUGUUCAACAAAGUUCCUUUUGAGCUUCGAAAAUCGAUGUUUGGUGCGACAAAAGAGAUAUUUGAACUUCCUUUGCAAACAAAAUCAGGAAUCUCUGUUGAGACGCCCUACAGUAGCUACAUGACUGGGGAGUCACCAGCAGAGCCUUGGGAGGGCAUGGGUAUAGAAGAUGUACUCAUCCCCGAAAAGCUCAGAAGCUUCACUAAUCUCUUGUGGCCAGAAGGAAACCCUAGCUUUGGCAAAACAGUACGGUCCUUCGCAGAGCAGCUAUCUGAAAUGGAUAAAAUGAUAAGGAGGAUGGUUUUGGAGAGCUUAGGUGUUGAGAAAUACUGUGGUGAACACAUUGAUACCACCAGAUACACUCUUCUACCAUUGAAGUAUGAAGGUCCCAAAACUAUGGAGAGUAAGCUUACGCUGUUUUCCCACACUGACAAGAACCUUUUUACCAUAUUGUAUCAGCUUAAUCAGGUAGAUGGGUUAGAGGUGCAAAGCAAAGACGGGAAGUGGAUCAACGUGAAGUCCUCGCCGGACUCUUUCAUCGUCAUGGCCGGAGAUUCUUUUCACGCGUGGACAAAUGGACGUGUGCACGCUCCACUUCAUCGGAUUAUGAUGACUGGAAAUGAAACGAGAUAUUUAGUGGGAUUGUUUGCGAGUCCAAAAGAAGGCAGCAUUGUAAAAGCUCCAGACGAGCUAGUGGAUGAAGAACACCCAUUACUCUUCAAGCCCUAUAAAUAUUUGGAAUAUCUCAAAUUCUUCAAAACAGAGAAAGGAAAGAAAGCUCAUGAAUCCGGUGUUAAAGUUUUCUGUGGUAUUUGA